ACGCCAUUCGGUACGCGUUGCCGCUGCCCGCGUCGUUAAAUAGCUUUAUAUCAUCAAUAGCCCAAGGCAAACAAAAAUAACAAGUGCUCAAACACAAAUAAGAACGCAAAAAACUUAACGCGUGCAAUUAGUUAAAACGUUUAUAGACACAGACUUUAUGUAAUAAAGUGCAAAGUAACAACUACAUAAACAAAAUGACGUCCACCGAUGUGCGCAAAAGAAAACUCGCCAGCGAUGACAAGCCCCCACAGACUGGUCGUCGCAAAAAUAGCGGCAGUGGCAACAGCAGCCGCGGCCUUCCAAGCGGUCUCAAAUUGUCCUUUUUGUGUUUGACUGUAUCUGUGUUGCUGCUCCUGUUUGUUUUUGGCUUCAUAUCGGACAACACAAAUCCGUAUUUGGUGCGCCUGGCCUCCAAGCUGGGCUACAGCAAAGUUCAAUUUGCUGUCAUCAUUGACGCGGGCUCUACAGGCAGUCGCGUACUGGCCUAUAAGUUCAAUCGCAGCUUCAUAGACAACAAACUGGUGCUCUAUGAGGAGCUCUUCAAGGAGCGCAAACCCGGUCUGUCCUCUUUUGCAGACAAUCCAGCAGAUGGCGCGCAUUCCAUUAAGCUGCUGUUGGACGAGGCUCGCGCCUUCAUACCCAAAGAGCAUUGGUCCUCUACGCCAUUGGUCCUGAAGGCGACAGCUGGGCUACGCUUGCUACCACAAAGCAAGGCUGAGAAUCUGCUCAACGCUGUCAGAGAUCUGUUUGCCAAAUCCGAGUUCAGUGUUGACAUCGACGCUGUCGAAAUAAUGGAUGGCACUGACGAGGGCAUAUUUUCGUGGUUUACUGUCAACUUUUUGCUCGGCCGUUUGUCCAAAACGAAUCAGGCCGCUGCUUUGGAUUUGGGCGGUGGAAGCACGCAAGUCACCUUUGCGCCUACAGAUCCAGAUCAGGUGCCCGUGUACGACAAGUACAUGCAUGAAGUGGUCACUUCCUCAAAGAAGAUCAAUGUGUUUACGCAUAGCUAUCUCGGCUUGGGUCUGAUGGCUGCUCGCCACGCGGUCUUCACCAAAGGCUACAGCAACGAGGACACUGUGGUGGAGAGCAUUUGUGUGAACCCUAUUAUAGCGAAUCGCACCUGGACCUACAGCAAUGUGCAAUACAAAAUCAGUGGCAAGGAUAACAGCAAGUCCAGCGCAGAGCAGCCUGUGGUCGACUUCGAGGCCUGUCUGGAGCUCAUCAAGAGCAAGGUUAUGCCGCUGGUGAAGCCCAAGCCUUUUACGCUAAAACAGCACGCGGUGGCAGCAUUCAGCUACUAUUUCGAGCGCGCUAUCGAAUCGGGCCUAGUGGAUCCAUUGGCCGGCGGUGAGACCACCGUAGAGGGCUAUCGCAAAAAAGCGCAGGAGAUCUGUGCUAUACCAAACGAUGAACAGCCAUUCAUGUGCUUCGAUCUGACAUUUAUAUCGGUGCUACUGCGCGAAGGGUUUGGUUUGAACGACAGCAAGAAGAUUAAGCUCUACAAGAAAAUUGAUGGCCAUGAAAUCUCAUGGGCCCUAGGCUGCGCCUACAAUGUGCUGACCAGCGACGAGAAGUUCAAUAAUUCAUAGUGUCUCCUCCAGUAGAGUGUAGCGGCCAAUUAGCUGAAAUGGUUUAGAGUGCCUUAGACUUGCAUCGAGUAUAUAACAAAGACAUAGACAUACACACAGACACAGACACAUUCACACAAUUGAAUUGUAGCCUUAGCCAAUUUAAUAGUUCUGCGCUAUAAA